AGUAAUCUAGCCAUUGCCAUUGUGUUCAUUCACCACCUAAGAAAGACACCUCAUCGCUUUAGAAAACGUACAGAUAUAGAGAACAAGAGAGACAACACCUCUCAUUGAAACCAAAGGGAGAAAAAAAAAAGCUUCUUGCACAAAAAUUCCCUUCCUUUUCUCUCUAAAAAUCCUUCAAAAUAUCCCAAUCGAAAUCGAUUAACAUAACAGAGCAGACUCUAAUUAGAUACCCACUUCUUUGCUCUUCAAUUUGAUCCAAGUUUUGCUUUUUUUGUUUUUGUGUUAAGAAAGACGUUGAAUUCUCAUCAAUUAUUGACAGAUGCAGAUGGGUUUUGAGGAAUCAUGGGUCUUUUCAAUAUGUUUGAGUGUUGAAGUUUGCUGAUCAAAUACUACAUUAUCUAAGCAAUUUAGAUCCUCUACACUGCCAAGUUUUGGGCACUGCAAAUUUGGGCAGUGCCCAUGGACGCUACAACGAGUGGCACCCCGAGUUUACAAUACCAUAACAUCCCAGACCAGCCAAUUACUGCUAUUGUACCUGCAUCUGUACCUACAUUUCAACGCCAAACUCGUCAUUGCUUCGGGGACUCCACUCCUGGAGAAUUCCCCUUAGCCGCUAACCCUUCCAUUGUCCUUCAUGUGCUCACCACCUGUAAUUUAGAUCCUCAGGAUCUUGCAAAACUUGAGGCAACCUGCUCCUUCUUCAGGCAGCCAGCAAACUUUGCCCCUGACUUUGAAUUGUCUAUAUCUGAGCUUGCUGCUCUGGACAUGUGCCAGAAGAGGGCUAUAUUUAAACCUAUGAAUGAAGUAGAACGUCAAGAAAUGAAGCGGAGAUGUGGGGGAUCAUGGAAGUUGGUCCUGAGGUUUUUGCUGGCUGGAGAAUCAUGUUGCCGAAGGGAGAAAUCGCAUGCCAUUGCUGGCCCUGGUCAUAGUAUAGCUGUAACUACAAGUGGACUUGUGUACUCGUUUGGCUCCAAUAGCUCUGGACAACUUGGACACGGGACCUCUGAAGAGGAAUGGCGACCUCGCCUAAUCAGAUCCUUGCAAGGCAUUCGGAUUAUCCAAGCUGCAGCUGGUGCUGGCCGGACAAUGCUAAUUAGUGAUUCUGGGCAGGUUUUUUCUUUCGGAAAGGACUCGUUUGGCGAAACUGAAUAUGGGGUUCAAGGAAGUAAGCUUGUUACAACUCCACAGCUGGUUGAGUCUCUGAAGAACAUAUUUGUGGUGCAAGCUGCAAUUGGAAAUUUCUUCACUGCAGUUCUGUCAAGAGAGGGCAGGGUUUAUACUUUUUCAUGGGGUAAUGAUGGCAAACUUGGUCAUCAAACUGAGCCAACUGAUUUGGAGCCUCAUCCUUUGUUGGGUGCACUUGAGAAUGUACCGGUGGUACAAAUUGCAGCUGGAUAUUGUUAUCUUCUUGCUCUGGCUUGCCAACCUAGUGGCAUGUCUGUGUACUCUGUUGGGUGUGGAUUGGGUGGAAAACUCGGGCAUGGUUCAAGAACGGAUGAGAAGUACCCCCGGUUAAUUGAGCAGUUUCAAGUUCUGAACCUUCAGCCAGUGGUGGUUGCUGCUGGUGCUUGGCAUGCUGCUGUGGUAGGGCGAGAUGGACGAGUUUGCACAUGGGGCUGGGGGCGUUAUGGAUGCUUAGGUCAUGGAAAUGAAGAGUGUGAAUCGGUGCCUAAGGUGGUGGAAGCACUAAACAAGGUGAAAGCAGUUCAUGUUGCUACCGGGGAUUACACUACCUUCGUGGUGUCUGAUGAUGGUGAUGUUUACUCAUUUGGGUGUGGCGAAUCAGCUAGUCUCGGACAUAAUACUGUUGCUGAUGGGCAGGGCAACAGACAUGCGAAUGUGUUAAGCCCAGAGCUUGUAACAUCGUUGAAGCAAGUGAAUGAACGUGUUGUGCAGAUCAGCCUUACGAAUUCAAUAUACUGGAAUGCUCACACAUUUGCACUGACAGAGUCAGGGAAGUUGUAUGCGUUCGGGGCAGGAGACAAAGGACAGCUAGGGAUAGAGCUAGUUAACAAUCAAAGUGAACGAGGGAACCCAGAGCGGGUUGAUAUUGAUUUGAGUUAGCAAUUGAAUUGCUAUCAUGGGCAUUUGAUUCAUUGCAUUUGGUGUCUACUUUGUACAUAGAAACAGACAGAAGAAAGAAUUGUUAAGAAUUAAUUAAGGUAGGGUAGCAGGGGCCAAACCAAACACUACAUUAACUGGCUAAUCUCAAAGUGGUUUACCAAACAGCCCCUCCCAAGCUGUUAAUAGUUGAUAUCUUUCUCAACCAAGCUUCAUUUAUAACCUACCUUUACAUUGAA